AUGUCAACUCUUACUAUUGCCCAACGUCAAACUCUUUUACAGCCAUUGUUGAACGCAGGCUGGGCUCUUGUUGCCAACAGAGAUGCUAUUCAGAAGAAGUAUGUGUUUGGCGACUUUAACGAGGCUUUUGGAUUUAUGACCCGAGUUGCCCUCAAGGCUGAUAAAAUGGAUCAUCACCCUGAAUGGUUUAAUGUCUACAAUCGUGUAGAAGUUACUUUAUCUACCCAUGAUUGCAACGGUCUUUCUGAAAAAGAUGUUACUUUGGCCACAUUCUGUGAUACUGCUGGAUCAAAGGCUACCUGA